CAGAGGCGCAGUGUGCCACACAACAAGCUUCCUGACGCAUAACUGUUGUACUACAGACCGGAAGUUUCCGCAUACAGCAUUUGGGGCUGAUGCUUUGGUAGUAGUUCGUUAUUAUAAGGAGAACUUAGUAGGUUUGGAGGACGUGAAAUGUUAAGAGAGGCAAGAAGUUUAAGGCACACCGCUUUGAGUUAGUUAACAGGCCGAGUACAGUGGCUUUCAUCGUAUUUAACACCUGCCAUGCCGCUGUUGUUUUUGGAGCGGUUCCCCUGGCCCAGUCUGCAGACGUACACAGCCCUCAGUGCUCUGCUUUUGUCUUGUAGCCUAUUCACCGCUUAUCGUGGGGUAACAGGAGAGAGCAGAGAACAUGCCGAUGUGGACGAAGAAGACGAGGAUCCCGGAGGGCUUGCUUCUGCCAUAGCCGCAUACCUUCUGUAUGACAGUUUCUGUGUGUGGGUGCUGGUGAACACUGCCUGUUGUUUCUUGAUGCUGAUUGCUAAGUUGAUACAGCACAUUGUGUUUGGUCCCCUUCGUGUCAGUGAGAAACAGCACCUCAAAGACAAAUUUUGGAACUUUGUCUUCUACAAAUUUAUUUUUAUUUUUGGUGUCCUGAAUGUUCAGACAGUGGAAGAAGUUGUAAUGUGGUGCCUGUGGUUCGCUGUUCUUGUGUUCAUGCAGCUUAUGGUUCAGCUAUGCAAAGAUCGUUUUGAAUAUCUAUCCUUUUCUCCUACAACAUCUAUGAAUAGUCAUGUCCGAGUCCUUACUUUACUUGGCUCCAUGUUACUGGCUUGCUGUGGACUGGCUUUAGUUUGUAGAAUAUUUGGCUAUGCCCAUGGUAUGCACACACUCUCCUUUAUGGCUGCAGAGUGUCUACUAAUUACCGUUCGCACAUCUCAAGUCAUUUUGCGCUACUUAAUUCAUCUGUGGGAUCUGAAUCAUGAGGGAACAUGGGAAAACAAGGGGACCUAUGUGUAUUACACGGACUUUGUCAUGGAGUUGACAUUGCUUUCCCUUGAUCUGAUGCAUCACAUUCACAUGCUGCUGUUUGGCAAUAUUUGGUUGUCCAUGGCCAGUUUGGUGAUAUUUAUGCAGCUUCGAUCUCUGUUCUAUGAGGUGCAACGCAGAAUCCGUCGUCAUAAGAACUACUUACGUGUGGUUGGAAAUAUGGAAGCUCGAUUUGCUGUAUCCAGGACUAGGGAGAUGGCAGCAUUAAAUGAUGACUGUGCCAUCUGUUGGGACUCCAUGCAUACAGCAGCUACUUUGCCCUGUGGAAAUUGGAUCCACAAUUCGUGCCUGCGUUCAUGGCUUGAACAGGAUACUUCAUGCCCCACCUGUAGGAUGUCCCUAAACAUUACCGAUAGCAACAGAACAGAAGGUCAUCAGCAGAGAGAAAAUGAGAAUCAGAACAUAGGACCUGUGCCAGUAGCAGAGGGUAGACCACUUCUCAACCAACACAAUCAUUUCUUCCAUUUUGAUGGGUCCCGCUUCGCCAGCUGGCUUCCAAGUUUUUCAGUAGAAGUCAUGCAUACAACUAAUAUUCUAGGUAUUGGUCAGGCAAACAACUCCCAACUGAAUGCAAUGGCCCAUCAGAUUCAGGAAAUGUUUCCACAGGUACCUUAUCACCUCAUUUUACAAGAUCUCCAACUGACACGCUCUGUGGAAAUUACAACCGAUAAUAUUUUAGAGGGACGAAUUGAGAUCCCCUUUCCUAUACAGCGGCAAGAAGUGAGGCCUGCUCUUAACAGUCCAUCUGCAGAAAGAUCUAGUGGUCCAGAGGAUGAUGCUACAAUCCAGUUCACAUCCCAGAAUGAGCAGGCAUUAUUGGAGGAAGAUGAAAAUAUGGAAGAAAUGGCUGAGACAAAUGGAGAGAUGCAACCUGAACCUGAUGACUUUGAAGUUCGUGGGAGCCGUUUCUCUAAGUCUGCAGAAGAGAGGCAAAGGAUGCUAGGGCAGAGAAAAGACGACCUUCUCCAGCAAGCACGAAGACGAUAUAUUCACAGAAGUUCUGCAACAGAAAAUCCAGUUGAAGAAAAUAAUUCAUCAGACUACACAUUUUCAACAGACUCGCAAACCACACGUCGCCAAACUCUAGCUGCUGCUGCAGAGAGGAGACUUCAGCGACAGCAGCCUUCUUAGCAUAAGAACUGUGUGCUGCUUUUUUUCUGCCUUUUUUAACAUCGUGAAAAAAAACAUGUCAGUACUGGAACUUUAUGAAAGUCUUAAUGACUUCUGCUAUUACAUCUUCCUUCUUGGCAUUCACAACCAAGAAGAAAGGCACAGAGUUUCUUUUAAUGCUAUAUAAAGCAUUAUUUUGAAAAGUAUUUGAACUUGUGCCACACAAUGUUUUACUGCUUUUGUUUAAGGUUGCAGGCAUAGUGUUAGAAAUCCCAUUUUGUGAUGGCUGUACUCAUAAAUGAUAUGGCAUCACUGGAAAGACUUGUUUGGAUUGUUUUCUUUUAUUGUCCAAUGAGAUGCGUAUAAUCUGUUUCUAAGCAGAGAAGUGAGAAAAGUGAAAUGAUGUACAGUGAAUGCACUAAAGAUGCUGUCAGCAUGAGACAUGGGUCAUAGCUUCACAAAGUUUUGUUCGUUUAUUUUAAAAGCUGUGUUCUGUGGACGCAUUUCUUAUGUGAAAAUGGAAUACUGAGUUCACUUUUGGAGGUGGAGAAUGACAGGCCAGGAUGAUUCAAAUGUACAUGCCAACCCAAAAAGCUGUUAAAAAAGCAGCUCAGCCAGGGAGACAAUUCAAGAUUUUCUGGACCCUUUUCAUUUAGAAGAUGGGAUCAUUGAAUGUAUUCAUUUUAAUAAGUUGCCAAUAAGAUUUCAAGUGAGUCUGAGUGUCAGUGUAUGUGGAGGAUGCACAAAGGAUGAAGGAUGUCACAUAUCUGUCUUCAUUACCGGCAACUGUAUAAAAGAAUUUGACUUUGAAAAAGCCCAGUUCUUUAUAGCUAAUUGGGAUGUGUUUUUUUCCUGCAGCUUCCUGAAUCUUGCAAAGCAGAAGGUUUUGCACAUGAUCUGAAAAUGCUCAAUUACUUGUGAACUUAACACAGCUUCUGCACUGCACUUAGGUCUUGUUGAAAUGCUGCAGUUUUGAAGUGUGCACACAUUUAUAGUGUUGCCUUUACAAAUGUAUAAAUGUGUACUUCUUACUUGAUAAUCAUCUAUUGUAUAUUUUAGUAACAUUUUCAUUUACUUUCUUUUAAUCACCAUAAAUGAAAUUAGUGACAUGCUUUUAUUUGAUCAUAUUUUUGAUUUGCAGAUAAUUAUAGGAAGUCAUUUGUGUGAGGUGUGUACUAUAUAUUAAUAUUACUCCUUUUUUUUCUUUAAUAGAUCAAAAUAAAUGUCCUCCUUUGAAUAUUAA